CCAAGCCUCAUCAUAGGAUGUAAAACGGAAGGUCUGCCAACUGACAGGCUCAGUUGCCACGGGCGAGGAACAUGGCCUAUACGCAUUUUAAGGACAACUUUUGGAACUCGGACCCCACGGGCACAGUAGGGUAUGACGUCAUCAUACAGCAUCUUAAUGACGGAAGGCGCACUUGCAAGGAGGUGGAGGAGUUCAUGAAGGCGAGGGCAUCCAUUGAGGAUAAGUAUGCUAAAGAUCUUCUAGGUCUGUCCAGGAAGGUGUUUGGGCUCAACGAAAUGAACACAUUGAAGAGAUCCCUGGACAUGUUCAAAUUACAGAUCGAACACGUUGGACAAACUCAUCUGCAGUUGGCGCAGAAUAUGAGAGAUGAGGCCAAAAAACUAGAAGACUUCAGAGAAAGACAAAAGGACGCAAAGAAGAAGGUCGAAUUCCAGAUGGAUUCUCUCCACAAACAGAAAGUCUUGCAAUUCAGGAGAACAUUAGAGUCAAAAAAGGCCUAUGAGCAAAAGUGCCGAGACAAAGAAGAGGCCGAUCAGAAUGUCAACCGAAACGCCAACAACACAAGGAACAUCGAGAAGCUGCACUCAAAGGCCCUGCAAGCAAAACAAAACGCUGACGAAGCAGACAGGGUAUAUUUGCAGAACGUGACGUCGCUGGCAAAGAUAAGAAAUGAGUGGCUGAAUGAACAUGCCAAUGCCUGUGAGGUGUUUGAGGCCCAGGCCAAGGAGAGGAUCAACACUCUCCGCAACACUGUCUGGACCCACGUCAACCAGCUGUCUCAGCAGUGUGUGACCAGCGACGAGCUGUACGAGGAGGUGAGGAAGUCCUUGGAUCAGUGUGACAUAAAAGAAGACAUUGAAUAUUUUAUACAUCUCAGACGCACCGGAGAUAAACCACCAGCACCCGUUUUGUACGAGAACUUCUACAGCAGUGACAGAAAUCCAAACGCUGGCCAGUUCUCCAAAUCACCUCUUCCAAUCAACAGGCGGGCCACUUUACCUGAUCCGGGAACAGAUGAUGUGAUCUACUCAACGUUACAGGAACCAGGAUACAGUUUUAUCCAGUUCUAGGUUUGAAUGCUUUUGUUAAGGUUGUGUUGUGUGGCAAUGUAGAAGCCACCAUAUUCAAAACACAGAUAGCUCAAAUGCAAUGAUAUAAUAUGUCUAAACUGAGCAUAAGUUUGUUGAAAGUUAUUAAAAUGCAAUUUAAAACAUGUUACUAAGAAAAACAUUGAUUUAUGUACAUUGAGGAAAAUAAACGACUAGCCUACAAUAUAAGUUAUAAAGAUGUAAUAUCUUAAAAGGUCAUCGAUUGACAUGCAUGUGAUCUAAAUACAUGUUAUUCUAACUGCAUGUCUGUCUGCAAUAAAACAUAACA